GGAUUUUGAAGAUGUCUCAAACUGCUGGUAACAUGGGAAUGGUUAAUCUCGACAGUGAAGUGGUGCCAUCGUCUCUUGUGGAGAUUGCACCGAUCCUUCGCGUAGCCAAUGAAGUAGAAGCUAGUAACCCUCGUGUUGCGUACUUAUGUCGGUUUUAUGCCUUUGAGAAGGCAUGCAAGAUUGAUCCCACAUCAUGGCAUCGUGGCGUUCGCCAGUUCAAGACUGCGCUUCUUCAACGCUUAGAACAUGACCAGGAUUCAACAGCUCUUGCAGGAAUGAAGAAGGGUAGUGAUGCAAGUGAAAUGCAAAGUUUUUAUCUGCACUACAACAAGACAUAUAUUCAGCCUUUGCUUGACGCUGCUGACAAAGCUGACCCUACUCAACUUAAGAAGGCAUAUCAAACUGAUGAUGUUCUUUUAGAAGUCUUGAAGUCUCUUAAUAAGACAGAUGAUGUGGAAGUGGCUGAUGAGGUUUUGGAAGCCCACAAAAAGAUCAAUGAAAGAAUCCAUGCUUUAUGUGCCUUAGAUGAUGAUGACGACAUUUUUGAAGAAUUCCCAUCUAUAGAACUAACUGGAUUUGGUAUAUCCAAAUUGAAAGUAGAAAAUGUUGAUCAAACAUCUUCUAUAGAAAAAGAAAACAAAGACAGCACUAUAAAAGAAGGAAACAAACAACUUCUAGAGCAAUUGAGGAUGACAAAUGCACAAAUACAACAGUUUCUUGAUAUUCAAAGUAAAACUUACGCAAUGAAAGAAAUUGGAGAAGAAAACAGAAUCUUGCUCCUGGACCUAGAUUCUAUACAAAAUCCGCAUAUUCGUUCAUAUAUGGAGGGUGAACAAACAAGGAUUUUGCAAAAGCGUAAUUAUCAAUACUGAUAUUAAGAAUCUAUCCUUUGCUAUAUUUCGCUUUGACAAUAUUUUAAUGAUCUUGGUACAUCUAAAAAUGAUUUACCAGAUGAUUAAUUUAAUAGUUUUUGUUGUGUUUGUCUUUAACUUUGCUACGUGUUCUGGAAUUUAUAGUUACUUGCUAUUUAAUAUAUGUCAUUGUUGUAUUUUUAAACCUUA